AUGGCACCCGCCAAUGUUCUACGGUUUCCCCGGUCAGACAGUGAAGGCGGCUUUGUCGUCAUCCAAGCGACGCCCACUCGGUCGAAUGCAUUGGAUGUGAAGUUGGUGGGAACUGAUGGCGUGGAGCCGUAUGCCGUGUUCUGUGAGUCGAAUGCUCGUCAUCCCGUUUUCAUGGCCGAAGAUCAUUGCGACCCGGGCGAGUGGGUCUCUCCCUGCACAGAGGACGAAUGGGUCUCUAUCCUCACCGCCGUGCUGCGACAGGAGCCAACCAACGACAUUGAGGUGCUCGCCGAUGUCGAAAAUGAAACGAUACUCACUUUGACUAUUCGGAAAAGGGGGGAGGAGUUUACGCAACGUCUCGGUUCCAUCGAGUUGAACCACAGCCCACGCGAGCUGAUUGAGCUAUUUGACUGGUGUGGUCUAUCGGCGCAGACAGCCAAUGAGGCCAAGGAGGCUCUAGCUUCUGCGGCUGCCAGAGCAACCCAGCUUGAAGAAUCCGUGCGCGAGCUCAAAGCACAGCUGGACGAGCUAAUGGCGGCCAAGGAGGCCGACGAGUCGGAACUGCUAGAGAAAUUCCGCGACCUAUUGAACGAGAAGAAGGUCAAGAUCAGACAGCAACAGAAACUUUUGGCGUCUGCAUCCGUCGAGCCCGCCAAACUAGCGCAGGUACAGAGCUCCCUCCAGGCCGCAGGUAAAGGCCAUGCGGCGGCCAAUUCUAGGCCAGCCAAGAGGAAGGCUGCCCCCGCACCCGGCAAUGACGAUAGCUCUUCUGAUGAAGGCUUCGAGAAGAUGGACGUCGAUCUUGCCAUGGAACCAGCUUCUGGAGGAUCAGACCAAGAGCGCGAUACGACUGAGGACGAGGAGGAGACGGCAAGUGAAGACGAUGAGGAAAGUAACCAGACAGCGCCAACGUCUGUCAAGCAGCCAAAGUCUCACGGGGCUUCACAGUCGAAGGAAAAGGCCCCUGCCGCAAAGAAGGAGGCUCCUCCUGCGAAGAGAGAGCUACCUUUUGCUAGAAUGAAGCCAGCUCCGAAGUCACCACCUCCGCCCGCUGGCAGCGAGACUGAGUCCGAUGACGAACUUUGA